UAUACACACAUAAAUACAUAUAGAAUUGCUAGAAAAUGAAGCAAGAGCUGAUAAAAUUAUUGUUCAUAGCAUUUGUGUGCGGCAAUGUACAAACGAUUUUUGGCGCCACCAACGUUAGCACGGUGGACGAGAACUGUCCAUCGCUGGCCAAUGCGGACAGCCUACAGUAUACCGAGCUGAUCCAGAGAAUGACGCACGUCUGCCGCUACGAUCGCUUGGAGCGGCCCAUAGAAUACGACCAGAUAACGUCCAAGCGUCUGCCCAUUGUGGUCAAGCUGCGCAUCUAUGUGUACUUGCUGCAGAAUCUCAAUUCGGAUCUGCUGCAGUUCAAGAUGCACGCGCUGCUGCAGCUGAGCUUCCAGGACAAGCGUCUCGCCUACAAGGAGUUUGCGCCAGAGCGACGGGAAACGAUCUUGGGCCAGAAGCAUUUGAGCGAACGACUCUGGCUGCCGCACAUAUUCUUUGCCAACGAACGAGAGUCCAGCAUAUUGGGCACCGACGAGAAGGAUGUGCUGACGUCCAUAUCAAGGGAUGGCAACGUGAUUAUCUCGACGCGCAUUCAAGCCUCGCUCUACUGCUGGAUGAACUUCAAGAAGUUUCCAUUCGAUCAGCAAUACUGUUCCACGGUGCUGGAGAGCUGGAUGUACAACACUUCUGAUUUAAUUCUGGAGUGGGAGGAUCGUGCUCCUAUAUCCUUCGAUCCCGAUAUGCGACUCACUGAGUACAAUCUGGGUCAGUAUUGGCAUAACACCUCAGUUGUGCUCUCCGACGAGGUCAAUAUGCGACAUGGAGCCUUCCAGGGCAACUAUAGCUCGCUUAGCUACACAGUUAAUUUGCAGCGUGAGAUUGGCUUCUAUCUGCUGGACUACUAUCUGCCCUCCAUGAUGAUUGUGGCCAUCUCAUGGGUGUCCUUCUGGCUGCAAGCUGAUGCAUCACCGCCCCGUAUUAUGCUGGGCACCAGCACCAUGUUGUCGUUCAUCACGUUGUCCUCGUCGCAGAGCAAAACCUUGCCAAAGGUCAGCUAUAUAAAGGUAUCGGAGGUGUGGUUCAUUGGCUGCACCUUCUUCAUCUUCGGCAGCCUGGUGGAGUUCGCCUUUGUGAAUACGAUAUGGCGACGCAAGGAGAAUAUUGAGCUGAAGAAAGUGAAUAGUAAAUACAUUAUAAAAUCCACAUUAACGCCACGCCCCGCACGGCGCCAAAUGGGCGGCGGCUUAAGCAAUGAGUCAAGAGCGCGCUCCUGCUCCAGCUUAGACAACAUUGUAUCCAGCACGGAGAGCGUGCGCAAUGGCAAUGGCACAGUGAAUCCUGGCUUCAAUAACUAUCUCACAGUUCACCCUAAUCUGCCCAUUAUACGCACCGAAUGCGCUGAUACGCUUUCCGUGUGCAGCGCGCGCUCCAACCAUGAUCAUAUUGUGGAAAUUGAAAAUGACAAAGAGAAGGAGAAGGAUUCGGCCACAUUUACAACCAUGACGCCGCAAGAGAUUGCCAUGUGGAUCGAUAGGCGCUCGCGUCUGUUAUUCCCAGGCCUGUUUCUGGCUUUCAACGCGCUCUAUUGGCUUUUCGUGUAUUGUUUUUAAGCGCUCACACACCCAUACACAAUAAUAUAUAUAUACAUGUGACAUAUAAGCACACGCACACAUUAGUUGCCAUACAUGUGAAUUCAUAUACGCUCUUAAUAAUUAUGUUUACUUUUAAAUUAGUCGUAAGCUGAAUCAUCUCAUAGUCAUAGUUGUACAAAUAUCGCCCAAAUCGUAAAAAGACAAUCA